ACCUGAAUUAUUUCUUAACCAAAAUGGUUAUCACUGAGUCACUGCUCCCAGUAGAUAAGGGAUGCAAAUUGAUGCAUACUUCACUCUGUCUUCCCUGGGUUGUGUACUGAGAACUGGAUAUAUUCUGGAAACUUCUGAAUGUGACAUAAAGGUUGAUCUAAUAUGUUCCCCAUGUUAACAGCCUUGGUCUGCUGUCAGGUGGGUACUAUUUGAGAACUGUCCUAUCUGAAAAGUCUGCUAAGGAAAACUGUCAGAAGAAAACGUGGAUCUGUGGGUAGGGAGAUUAUUCUCGUUAUGGUUAUGCCAGAUAGAGAUUAUUUUUGACUCUGUUGGACUGAUGGUCACAAAACUGGCUGUUUCUAGAAUGUCCCACUUCUGUUAUGGAAUCUGUAAACACACUUCUGCUGUAUACCAGUUCCUAAGGAAUAUGAUUAGCCAGAGCAGUUCAAAAUAGUUGGACUGUCUGAACUUAAGCUUAGAGGAUAGGUGAAUCCUUGAAACAGGUGAGGCCUGCCCUUCUUACCUGUUGCCAGAAGAAACCAAGACUUGUGAUGUAUUAUAUAUGUAGGAAAACUUGAAGUUUGGGAUAAAUACUAGACAGACUGGUUCAUUCUUUGCUUCAAACAAGCUCCUGAUUAAUUUACUGGUGUCCUGGAGAAAAUACUUCAGUUGCUUUUCAAACCUAUUAAUACAAAUUGUUUUCUAUAUAUCUGUUUUGUCAAAUAAAGUUAAUUAUAAAGGGUUUGCCACUAAAAAUGUUAUCUGUUGCUCCUGCCUGUUCGUGUGUUCAGCAGCACUAAGGUGAUGCUGCUUUCCAGUGCUGAAGAGAUGGAAAGGGUUGAGAAUGCUGCUACUUCUGAAUUUAGGUUUUCUUUGGGUGAGGAGGUAGUAUACCUGCUUGCUUAUCCCUUAGAGGGUUAUCAGGCAAUAAUGGGGAUUCCCCAUACAGUUUUUUCCUGUGUUACUAGUAUUUUUAAUUUAGAUCUCAAGACAAGUUCUUGAUUCAAACAGUAAAAUUGGUGUCUGUUCUUGGCAGUGUUAUUGUUUUGGUGCACGCUUACUCCUGCUCUGCCUUCAGUCCGUUGUCCUAAACAAUUCUUUCCCUCAACUUAGUACAUGUAUUGAGGCAUGGAACUGCAAAUGUGACACAUCAAAUGUGAAACAGUGAGCGAGUUACAUACAUAGAAUUAUGUGAAGAAGUUACAAGUGAGGACUUGCUUAACUUUUAUUAACCUGAAGAAGGUUUCUCAUUUUAUUGUGAUUGAUCUUGCUUUGGUUUAUGGUCAGCAAAACUAAGAGAAAUGUGAAUGCACUUAAAUUUAAAUUUUUUCCAUGUUGAUUUCAGCAUUUGAGUAUAAGAGGCCUUUUUGCAACACUGGACUAUAAAUUGCAAACAUUCAUAGCUUCAUUAUUCACUGUGCAUUCUGGGCCAAAAAGUACUGGGAGGGGUCAAUCUUUCCUGAACUUCAGGCUGUAGAUACCUAUGGGAAGAAGGAGACUUUGCUUGCUGUGUCUUUUGAGAUGUAUUAAUUGAGAAAAUGCAAUCCAAGCACACAGACUUAAUAAGGAGCUCUUCUCUUUGUGAACUUAGAUUUUUGCAUGUCAACUAAGAUGCCACAGUUGCCAUAUGAGCCAGUCCCAAGGCCUUGGGAAUGUUGAUCAGCAGAAUAUUUUUAAUAUGUUAAGCAAAUCAUGUGUUCAUUUUACAGCUUCAUAAAUAAUUUCAAACAUUAAAAAACAAAUUUUCAAUUCAAAGAAAACACAGAGGACUCUUAAAAAAAAAAAUCUAUCUAGUAAUUACAAAUAAUUACUUCGAAGUUGUUUCUGAUGGUGUUGGGAAGAGUGUUAGAGGUGCAUUCUGCUUUAUUUCUGGCUUCUUUAAUUGUUGGUGAAGACACCUUACAAAAGUCUUUGUACUUGCAGGUUGACCAUAUGCUUAUUUGACAGCUGAUCCGUAUUUUAUCAAGAUUUCUUGACCAUAUUUUAUUGUCUAACUCUGUAUGGUGAGAUAGAUUUAAAUGUGAGGUGUAUCUUUUUGUAUGUUUGUAAAAUAAAAAAGAACAUUUCUCAUUGUACUUGUAUUUGGGACAUAGCUUUGAAAAACCCACCUUCCUUAGGCUGAAUUUAUAUAUAUUCCAACAUUGGAGAAGUUCUUCUGAUGGAAACAACUGCAAAGCAGUAGAUACACUUUGAUCAUUAAAAAUAAGUACUGCUGGCCCAGGGGUGGUGGGUGGAAAUAAAAUUUGAUUUAUUAUGAAUCUUUUUUCUGAACUUCUCUCGAAGUGCCUUCAUUGAGAUAUAUUAUGUGCAAUGAACUUGGGUUAAUGAGAGAUUAAGGGGUUUUUUAUUUAUACGAACAUAUCUAGGAUGAUGUAACUACCCAGCCACAGGGGGGGAAACCCAAGCCAGAAAAACUCCAAACAAAAAUAUAAACCAACCUGACAUGUAGCAAGUCGUUUCUAUGCAAUCUAAAGUUAACUAAGAAUGGUGUGGUUCCUGGGCUGGUUUGGAUUUACUGAUGGAGCAGAGUUGAACUAUUCAACCUGAUUUCCUUCCCACUGCCUUAUUUUGAGGGCCUAGUUAAAACCUAAAUCUCUGUGUUACACUCACUAAAUACAAUUUUUGGUUGCGGAUUGUCUCACUUUCUUUCAAAUGCUUCCUCUACACUUUCACUCCAGACCCCUGGUGCCACAGGUACUGUGCAGCAGAUAAAGGCAAACAGUAUUUAUUUCAUGCCUGGCUGUGGCUGCUUCCUUUGGAGGUUGUUCUCCACCCUGUGCAUGGUGACUUGCUUCCUUCUGUGUGGUCAGGGAAAAUGAACCCAAACACACGGUGCACUUUUAAUUUAAAGCAGCUCCAGGUAGCUUUCUAAUGUGCUUUGACAUAUAAGGAUUUAUUAUACCUGACACUGAAGUGUUUCCAACUUGAAGAUGAAAAGAUAAGCUGUGCUGUGAAACGAGUGGUGUUUCUCUUAAACAUUGGUCUGUUAUGGAAAACCAAAGAAUGUUCCAUAUUUCUGUCAAUCAUCCCUUUGAUUCUGAUCCUCAGAAUAUCAGACUUCAAUACAGAUUUGCAGUUCUGCUUUUGAGAACUGUUAAUGCCAGUUGUCUGCCAUGGAUGGCAGCACAGACAAAUCACCUUUUCGUUCUGUUUCUGUUCUGUUGGAGCAGCAGGAUCUCUUUCUUGCCUUGGAAUUAAUCACAAAGCUCUCUUUUUUUUUUUUCUUGUGCCCUUGCUGAUCAUAAAAUGGCAACCAAGAGUCCUUGCAAUGGCUUAGGAAUAAGAACACAGACUAAUGAGACAGGACAAAAGUGUGUUACCUGCACAGGUGAAUUCAGCGUAUUGGUGGGUUUAAUUCUCUGCAGCUAUGAAAGGACUCUGUGUGUUGCCCAGUGUUGAAAUCAGCUUGGAUGUUGGUGGUUAGAGCAUACAUUUCCAGAUGUUUUCACUCUAUAGUCUCGUUUUCUGCUGCUAGGGAGGAACUUGGGGAGGAGGAGGAAUGGGAAGAAGGCUGGUUGAGAUUAGGUCAUUGGCCAUAGAGAUUAUCUCAAACAUGAGUCUGUACAGCUGGACACAUGCACACAGGUAUGAACAGCUGCCAUAAUCAUUUGUAAAUUCCAGCUCUCUUGAGGAAACCAUUGAUUUGAAGGAUACAUACACAAUAAGAGAACUCAUAAACUGUAGAUGACUUUCAGUUAAGUGAAAUUUUGAGGUUGUACUGGUACAUGUUAGACACAACUGCUUUGCAUUGCUAACAAGUCUGCAAGUGAUGGAUUUCCUGUUGCUUUGGUGAAGACUUCAAAGUGGAUAUUAAAAUAUUUUUAAAAAUACUAUGAGAAGGAGUAUACUGUUCUUCACUACACUGGGGAACAUUCAGAGGACAGGAAAGAACCUACAGCUUUUUUUAUUUCUUUAAAAAGUAAAUGGAUAUUUUUUAGAAUCAUAUCCUACUGUCACCACAGGCCCAGAAGAGAAGUAAACUGAGCAACCAACCACCCAUCUUAAUAAAGAGCAAGGCAAAAAGCUGAUGCCAUAGGAGGCACUUACUGGAUUUUGAAUGUUCAAAUAGCAUGGAAAAAGUGACAUAUGUUAAUAAUAGUGAUUUAAAAAAACCCAGUGUAAUUAAGUUUUGAGAGAAAAUUUCUGCCAGACUCCUUGAAGUACAGGAGUGGUUGCCACUUGUGUGGCCUGUACAAAAUGUUACGUUUGCUGCUCUUAAACCCAUUCUGGAGUAAGUUUUGUGAGAGGCUUAACUGAAGAGUUUCUUCUGAGUUGUUUGUAAGUAGUAGACAAUGUGCAGUGAUUAUUAGCAGUAGAUAAUUUUAUAGGAGGCAAAUGUUACUUGAAGCACUUGAGAGGGGGUUGUAGCUAUUCAGUUCCAAUAAUUGUGUAGAAAUUCAGGUGUGAUUCAGCAAAUUACAAAGAAAUACAAAUACUUAAGAGAAGUCUUGGAACCUAAUGGAUAUACUGCAAAGGAUGAUGCUUUGUUACUCAAGGUUGACCUGACUGAAAGACUUGAAUCAUCUCAGUGUGCCUUGAUGCUGGGAAUGGAAGAAAAUUUGGAUGACUUUGUACAGAUGCCUGUAUAAAUACUGUCACUUUCUUCUGUCUUGUUCAUUGCAAAGCAUAUCUGACCAGAGGGGGAAAAAGUCAUAUGAAGUCACAGACAAGACUAGAUGUGUCAAUAUUUUCAAGAACAAGUUCUACAUAAAGUCCUUCCAGGGAAGCCAGGGACGAGCCUACCUCUUCAAUUCUGUGGUAAAUGUGGGCUGUGGUCCAGCAGAGGAGAGAGUUCUUCUGACAGGUUUACAUGCUGUAGCAGAUAUCUAUUGUGAAAACUGUAAAACCACUCUUGGAUGGAAAUAUGAACAUGCUUUUGAGAGCAGUCAGAAGUACAAAGAAGGAAAAUUUAUCAUUGAACUUGCCCACAUGAUAAAAGACAAUGGCUGGGAGUGAAACAUAACGUUUUUCCUUCUGUUUGGACUCUGUUCUGUGGGACAGGCUUUACAAAGACUAACACAAAGUAAAGGAAGAGCUUGGCUAGAGUGGCCCUGAGAGUAUCACUGAACUCUGAAACCUCACAAAUGAGUAGUGUAGUGUAAGUGGCUAUUUCAGGCCAUGUUUGCCUUUUCUCCUUGUGUAAGUUCCCUCUUUUUGUACGUGUAUUAUUGUGUGAACAGUUGUUUUGGAACAUUUUGGAUGACCUUUUUCUAAACUCUCUCUUGACUAGAGAAACAGUUCAGUAAUUGAAAACGGAUUUUACUGGUUAGCAUCUCUCUCUGACCUAUGCCUUUAAUGCUACCUUCUGCUGUGCAUGCUUCUUGCCUAAACACCUCCACUCCGGUCCUGUAGUUCUGUAUCUGAGCAGUCUGAAAGAAUGUACGGGAUGGGGUGCUUUUUUAUUAAAUGUAGCAAUUUCUGAUGUGUUUGGCAGUGAAGAGGAUGCAGUAUUGUAGUUAUUAAUUUCUUUUUUAAAUUUGAGUGUACCACAACCUAUGUACAUCUUUUAGGUGAAUUGGUUAAAGGUACAGUGCUCACUUCAAAAGAAAAUAUUUCAAUUGCACUGACUGAAGUUAGCAGGUCUCAAGUUGUUAGGAAAGGUUAUGCCAGAGGUUUGGUAUCUUAAUGAAAUAACACAGAUUUUAAAUCAAUAAUGCUAUAGAAUAUGUUCAUUAAAGACCAACAUAUUCCCUAAGGAGUUUGCUGGAUAAAAAAUUUAUAAAACUGUAACUUGCAAGAUUAAAAAGAAAUAUAUAUGCAUCUUCUAUUUUGGAAAAAAACAUUAGUUGCUGUAUUAGGAAAAAACAAAGUUUUGGUACUGUACCUUUGCCAGUAACAGGGACUUGUGCAUCAGUAAAGUUUUAUGGCUGGUUCCAUGUAACUGUAUAGUCCUAAUGCACUGGACAAAGAGGUUGAUGUCAAGGAAACUUGUUGAAGUAUUCUGCUUCUGCUACAUUUGAACAAAAGUAUUUAUUUUUGUGAGAAAUUUCAAGAGCCUAUGACAUGAAAAUUAGUAUAGUACCUGUAGGAAAAGGAGAAGGAAUAAGAGAGAAGGGAAGUUUGACUUGUUUUUUCAUAAAAUAGCAAGGUAGUUUUUAAAAUUUGGGGGUGGGGAAAGGGUUUCCUGGUUUGCUGGCUAAAUCAUCCCCAAGUACCUUUUUAUAAUAAAAAUUUAUAUGAAAGUCACCUUCUCUUUUGUUCUCAUGCUGUUUCUUUCAUGGAAUCAGUUAAUGAGAGAAACUUCUGGAAAGUGUAUGCACAAUAUGAGCUGUUGGUAUCUGUGUAAUGCAAACUGAGCAACUGUGAAAGAAGUGCUCUACAUAAAUUUGCUAAUUUAAUUUUCAAAUUAAACAGACUCUGAAGACUUUUUGUAUUUGAAUCCUUUUAAUGCUUGAGGAUAAGAUGUUUGGGAAAAAACCCCUUUAACACUACGUAAGUCCUAUCACUGAACAGUACAAAAGCCUUGCAAUACAAAAUCCUUUUCUCUCAGUAACAAUUCUUAACUGGCACCUGCGGAGCUGGUCACGGGUGCUGCUGCUGCUGUUCUGUUUUUGGGAAUCUGAUGGGCUUUCUGAACUCUGCUGCACUUUAGAAAUUGUCAUACAUGAAAAUUUAUGCCAAUGGGUAGAGGCAAUACCGAUCUUCAAAACCAGCUUUCCAGUGUUUUUGUGGAGAGGAGGAGUGGGAAGAGCAUUCACCCACGUGCACACGUUCUCUGUGAUACAGGCUGGCUAAACUGCAUUCAAGAUGUUGUAGUGAUCUAUACCUAGGAAUUAAAAAUGUAAGAAUUAGAGAAGUAGUUGAAGCUGUUGGGUUUCAGUCCAGAGACCUGAGGUGGUACAGUCAUGUUCAACCUGGAUUUUGUGGCUCACAUGUUACUACUUCACGUUCACAUCAGGCUUUGAGGUCUCAUUUUUAACAGUGUUGUUGAUGCAAGAUGGGCUUUGGUGUUGCCUGUCUUGUGAUCUUUUCAACCUGGAAUUCUUGGGAUUUUGUUUUCCACCAUUGUAAUGUAUGUUGCCAACAAAGAAGGCGCUAAAACUAUCAGCAAAAAGCUUGUGUUGGCUCCAGAGUCCUGUUGCAGUGUUGAUACUUGUGAACACGUUUGUGUGAAGUUUCUGUAUCUUUGGGCUUUUCUUAUUGCCUGGCUACAGAUGUGUUGAGGCAGUACACUGGACUGAAGACUAAAGUAAUGGCUGCUUUUCCAUAGAGAGCUGAAAUUAAAGAGAAUAUGUAAAGUAUUACAGAUUUUUCUCUCUGAAAUUGGGGGUUUGGCUCUCUCUUGUUUGUAAGCUCAUGCUGUCUGUAACACAGUCUGAUUCUUAGAAAUUCAACCUCUUUCUUCAGUGCAUUAUUUAUAUUUCAAACUGGACAUUUUCACCAAAACCUUAAUUAACUUUGAUGCCAAAGGUUGGGACUUCAAGUGCUUAGCACAUAGAGCUUCAGACUGCUGGCAUAGAGUUAAUGAUCUAUAUGUGAUGCUUAUGGCUUUUAAGAGAACGAAACAAAGCAAUAUUCUUUUUGGUCUGUCAUGAAGAGUGGAUGCUUAGAAGGAGUAAAGAGCAGAACUAAUACAGAAUUGCUAUUUUUUGCUGCCAUGUAACAAUUCUUGAGGCUCGUUCCAUUGAGGGAAUAUGUGAAUUUUCUUCCUGUGUUGUUUGGCAGCAUCAAUAAUUAUUUUCUCCCCACAUAAAGAUGUAGAGAGUUCUUGUUAUUGGUUUUGGUGAAAGUCGAAUCCAGAUAGCAAUGGCUGCUGGCUGAUGUGAAAAGGUCAGUCUGGUCACUGAACCCUCCAGCAGUCAUUUAAAAGAAAAAUAAACUUACUUGAAAAAAAAAUUUUACUAAAGCAUUUUCCCUCUAACCAAUUUUUGUAAUAUAUUAAAGAUUAUAUUUAAAGUUUGUAUGUGUUUGCUCUGGGCAAGUUUACUUCCCCUCCAACUUGAGCACUUUUGUUACUUGUACUGCUUAUUUUUAUUGUUGGUCUUAACAUUUAUUUUGUAUUUUGUUUUUUAUAAACUGUAACAAAAAGCUUUUGUGAACCUUUGAUUCUUGCUGGCUCUUUCUUGGACCAAAUGAACUGACUAUGAGCUGGCUUAGAAGAAAUGUUCAUUGGGAUGCAUAGGAAUUUGCUAGCAAAAAUGUACAUGUACUGAAAGUGUUUUUCCACUGAACCUCUAAAGCCACACCUGUCCUAAAGUAAUUAAUCCUAAUUUGGUGUGACUUUAGUAACCUGACCACACAUUCUCUGUCUAGGUCCAAAGUCACGACUUUAACAAUGAUGUUCCAGGGCUGAAUCUGCCUCCAAAUCCUAGAGUUCUUCUUUGGCUGGUCACUUUUUGAUUAAUAAAAGGCAACCCUGCCAUCUUGAAAAAUUCUGUUAAAUUGCAAACUUGCUGUGAAAUAAGCUGCAGAAUUUGGUGAGGGGUUGCUGAGGCAUCAACCUAACCACUGUUGCUGUAUGCUUUUAGCAGUGUGGUAAUCUUAAUUUUAUCUGCCACUUAAAAGGGCCAGAACAUGAAUUUCCCUUGUUUACUAUACACAUUGUACACAUUGUACACUACACAGUGGCAGACUGUGUGAAGGAAGUUGGUUACAGCUCCAUCCUGCUUUCCCACAGCAAGGCCCGAGGUGCUGACAGGUGCCGGUGCUGCGCCGUGUGCUCGCGGUCCAGGGCAGAGGGGGCAGUGCAGUUGGGGACAUCUCUUUGAAUUAAAAACUGGCCUCAGAGGCUCUGACAAAGUCAUCGCUGCCCAGAACCAAAUGGCAUUUGUUUUAUUACUGCUGUAUCAGUGCAAGAGUUCCCGAAGGCUGUGCACCGUUUUUGGUGGAUUUCUGCUCCCCCCCAGUGAUGAUUGAGCGUCUCCUGCACGCUCAGCUCUGCAGGCAGAUUGCAACAGCAGGGACCUACAGUCUCACAGACCAAAUUCAACCAUCUCCAUAGAAGCUUCAAAUUCUCAUUGGACACUUCAUUGGACUUCACCGAGACUCGUGUUAAGCCAACCAGCAGUACAAGCAUUUACUGGAAAAGGAACAGACUUCAGAUGUUUCUUAUAAAAGGACUGUUACAAGUGGUUUAAGGUCUAAAGCAUGAGUCGUAAAUGGCAGUUGAGUUGUGCCUCAUUGUUUCUUAAACUCUUGAAAAUGCUUUCUUUUACAGGUGACAUGGCUGUGUUGCUGUUUUGUCCUAGCAAUACUGUACAUCAUUUGUUGUUUCACUAUAUUGUAUCUACUUGAGGUAUCACAAUAAAAGCUUUCAAUUGUUUUGUUGGGUUA